GCGCCUGCCUCAUUUGAGAGGCUUCAUUCCACAUAGAUUGACCUUCGCCUUCCGCUAGCUAGAGAGGAGGCUGACGCUCAAAAUGGCCACGGUACGCGUAUGUGUGUGCGGUGAUGAAGGCACAGGCAAGUCGAGCUUGAUCACGUCGCUGGUCAAGGACGUCUUUGUCACAAACAAGAUCCAACCCGUGCUACCAUCCAUCUCGAUUCCUCCGACUCUGGGCACUCCGCAGAGUGUCACGACCACCAUUGUCGACACAUCCGCGCUUCCUCAAGAACGCGACAAUCUGCGCAACGAACUGCGCAAGUCCAACGUCAUCCUUCUGGUCUACUCGGACCACUACAGCUAUGAGCGUGUCGCCCUCUUCUGGCUGCCCUACUUCCGCUCUCUAGGCGUCAAUGUCCCCGUCGUCCUGACCGCCAACAAGGCCGAUCUGUCCAAGAAUGUCUCGACCCAGCAAGUCGUCGACGAAGAGAUGCUUCCCGUCAUGCAAGAGUUCAAGGAAAUCGAUUCCUGUAUUCGAACAAGUGCACGCGAGCACCACAACAUCAACGAGGUCUUUUUCUUGUGCCAAAAGGCGGUCACGCAUCCCAUUGCUCCCAUAUACGAUGCAAAGGAAUCUUCACUGAAGCCUGCUGCCCUAUCUGCUCUGCGUAGAAUCUUCUAUCUGUGCGACAAGGAUCAGGACGGUUUGCUCAAUGAUGCCGAGCUCCACGACUUCCAAGUCAAAUGCUUCGAAAAACCCCUCUCGGACCAAGAUCUUGUUAGCAUCAAGCGCACUGUACACGCUCACGACGGUGGCAUUGACAUUGAGGGCUUCCUCCUUUUGAACAAAACCUUCGCCGAAAAGGGUCGUCAUGAGACCAUUUGGAUCAUCCUUCGCAAAUUUCAAUACACCGACAGUCUGAGCCUCAAGGACACAUUUUUGCAUCCAAAGUUCGAUGUUGCUUCCUCUAGUUCUGCCGAGCUAAGUCCACAAGGAUACCGCUUCUUCGUAGAUUUGUUCCUUCUACACGACAAGGACAACGAUGGGGGCCUCAACGACUCCGAGCUGGCCGCCCUUUUCGCUCCGACCCCAGGUCUUCCUUCCUCUUGGAUUGACUCGGACUUCCCAUCUUGUACUGUCCGGAACGAGGCUGGCCACAUCACCUUGCAAGGUUGGCUGGCCCAGUGGAGCAUGACGACAUAUGAGGAGCCCAAGGUCACCUUGGAGUAUCUGGCUUAUCUCGGCUUCGAAAGUCCCCAAAGAGGAGGUACGACGGCUGCUCUCAAAGUUACAAAGGCUCGCAAGCGACGUAACAGGCCUGGCCGUGUGGAGCGAAAUGUCUUUCUGUGCUAUGUCAUCGGUGCUGGUGGCAGUGGUAAGUCGAGUUUGCUGUCAGCUUUCCUCAACAGACCUUUUAGCACAACCUACCACCCGACCAUCAAGCCCGAGAUCGCUGUCAACAGUGUUGAGCUACCGGGAGGCCGGCAAUGCUAUCUCAUCCUCAAAGAGCUGGGCGAACUAGAGCCUGCUGUCUUGGAGAACCAGGCUAAACUUGAAGCCUGUGAUCUGCUGUGUUACACAUAUGAUUCAAGUGACCCGGACAGCUUUGGUUAUAUCGUCGAGAUGAGGAAGAAGUAUGCUCACCUCGAAUCGUUACCAGGUGUCUAUACGGCGCUGAAAGCAGAUCAAGAUAGAGCAGUGCAGAGGAGUGAGAUGCAGCCGGACCAAUACACUGAAGAGCUGCGAGUGCCCAAGCCACUUCAUGUAAGUGUGACAUGGGGAAGUGUUUCGGAGUUUUUUGUGCACCUCGCAGAAAGCGCAACAUUUCCUUCCACAGCGUUCCCCAAGAACGAGGAGUCAGAUGUUGACCGAACGAAUCUGUACAUUGGCCUCGGAGCCGCGGUGUGCGCUGGAGCGGCUCUGGCCAUCAUGUGGAGGAAAAGCAUAGCAGCAAGCAACUGAGGAAGAAUUGUGCAGGACGAAAGGCAUGGAUGGAGUUACAGUGCAUUUUAGCGUCAAGAUACCCAACUCUGAAUAUUACGUACUACAACGACAGCAAGAGCAGUAAGGAUGAGGCAAAUGUAAACAAGAUGACGAACAAGACAAGGCGAGCAGGGUCUGACUCUUUGGACACGGACGGGUUCGAGGGAUCCGGCAUUCGGACGAACAGCGUUUGCCAAGACGUGCUCCUCAGGCCCCGAGCAGUUUAGGGAAGUGAAGAAUAAACAUGGAAGCGU